CAGCGAACAAACCGCAGUCACUGAAACGAGAAACAUGGUUGAGGAUGGAGCUUUUUAUCAGGUUGAUUAAAGGCUGUGAGGAGGAGAUGGCUGGAAGAAGAAGCGAGGAUGUUGAGGAAGCAGUAUCAGACCUCCUCUCUCACUCUGAUGGCCCCUAUCAAAUUUGUCAUUAAGUGUGGGAACUUUGCCGUGCUGGUGGAUCUCCACGUUCUGCCCCUGGGCGUCCGAGAGGAUGCCAGCUGGUUUACUACGGACCACAUCGAGGAGGUUACAGCCCUGGUUCAAGAUGCUGUGGAUCAGAGGGUAAAGCAGUACACAGAGUCCCUCCAUAGCAGGAAACAGGCCAAACAGAGGAAGGAGCUGGCACCUGCUAAAACCUUGUUUGCAACAGGGAGAAACUUCAACCUGGUUGCCAAUUUCCUAAAGAGACACUUCAAUCUCAGAUGCAUCGCCAGGCAGCUGAGUGGAGAUUUGCGUGUGUUUCCUGAACGCUAUGUUGUGUGUGUGAGCUGUGCGGAGGAUGCCUCGGCGCUCCGUGGAAACCCGAGCCUGGCCGCGACUGAGCUGAAGGAACAAAGCAGAUCAGAGUAUUUUUCCAGAGCGGGAGAAACCCAAGAGCUUUUAAACAGUUCCACAAAAACAAAGAAGACUGUGCUUCAGAAGAUAGCCAAACAAGCCAGCGUCCAGCGAGAACUCCAGAGUUCCAGCACAGGGAAGCAGCUGAUUGACCAGGGAGUCGGUCCCAGAAACCAGAGAGAGGAACCUCAAACUGGAAGCCCAGAAGAGGCGGAGUCCAGCUCUAAAGAGACGGCAGCAGACCACAAGGAGCCGUUCCCCAGAGCCUUAGAUGAAGCUGUAGCUCCAAUUGUGACAACUCGAAUUCAGGCCCUGACCCAGCCAGCUGAGAACGGUGCUCCAGACAUAAUCGACCCACGUGGGGCCUCUAUAGUUUCCUGCCAACAUGAAAUCAGUCAGGAGACAAGCAAGAGUAAGAGGAGCAAGCCAAGUGAUGCGGGGGAAGACCUUCAGCCGCAAAGGGCCAAGAGGACGUGCCUUGGAAGACCUCCAGGCACGACGCAGACCCACUCCAAUGAGGGCUCCACACAAACAUCCAAGCAUGACCUCCUUCCUCUGCAGCCCCUUCCUCCAGCCGAAGCCGAGGCAGAGUCCAAGGCUUUCCCAGUCUCAGAGUGCAGCAAAACCACACUGGAAGUAGAGCUGCUUACUCCAGGGAAACGGGCCCAGAGGCUCCCCCUCACAAGCAAUAACACGGCACAGACAAACCAAAACAGGCUGCCCGCAAGUCUGAGGGGCCUAUCUGUCAAGCCUGCAUCCUCAGGCUCCUCUAUUAGUUCCAGAUCCACACUCGGAGAGGAGGGGAGCGAAAAUGUGCCCAGAACCUCCAGAUUACGACGACAGAAGAGGUCCUGAGGGGGGAGAGACGCGGUGACUCACCUGAGGCAUGGUCUCCUUGUUGAAGGUGAAGGUGAUGUUGGCGCAGCUGUUGUCCUGGAAACUGGAG